GAGAGACGGGGUACACCCUGGACAGGUCGUCAGUCAAUCGCAGGCUGUAAUAUGCUAUGCUAUGCUAUGCUAUGUUAUAAUAAAUAUAAUGUAAUAUAACAAUGAGGUCACUGCUAGUUUAGUGCAAGACUGUUACAUUAAUCACAUGAAUCUUUUCAGCCCAGGGUUGGGGGUCAGAUGCCCCCUUCAAUACUAUUCUUAUUCUGGAUAGAAUAUCAAUGUUAGGCUCUUCCAUACUUGACAAAUGUCCUAUCUAGUGGUGGGCAUGAAGCGAUGAAGCCUGCUUGGUCAUUUCUGGCACUUUUUGUCAUUUUCUCUGUCACUCUCAGUGUCGCAACCUGUGUCAUCGCAACUCUCCUUCAGCACAAAUGCAAAAGAGCGGUGUCAAGCAUCAUUGGUCGAAAGAAAGAAUGACAGAUGGUCUUGUUGUGUUGAUGAAAUUCUCAUUUUUCAUUAAUGCUACCUUUCAUUUUGACCUCAUGCAACACAUCUACACGGGUUUCACCACAUUUAAUCAACACAUUUAAGUGUUCUGUUUGUGUUUCAAACAACAUAGUGCAUUGAGGGUGAAAGAUGUUUUUAUGGUUCCAGUUUCACAGCAGCAGGUGGUGUCCCGGGGGUGCGGCCGGGGGAUAUGUUUGGAAACCGAGAAAGCUUAACAGAACUGAACAGAAGUUUCUGCUGAGACAGUUUGUUUGCAUGUGGUCCAAAAAGCUAUCAUUCAUCCACUGCAUGCACGUCAAGUGUGCAUUGCAAACAUGUUGCAUUACAAUAACGAUAAAUUGCACGUAGGGCCGCACAGUGAAAUAGUGCUUAGCAUGUUGGCCUCUCAGUCAGGAAAUCGAAGGUUCGAAUCUUUGUUUGGGCUUGCAUUUGAUGAAUAUAGAUUUUAUUUUUAACAAAAGCAGUUAUUAUUUUCACUUUUCUGAAGCAUAAAGGUGAUUAUUUUUUUUUAUGUUAACGUUGUUAAGCAGGCUGAAAAUGAACUAAACCAUUACAAUUCCUUUAAUUGCUAUAAUGUUUCCUGUGAUCAGGAAGUGAUCAGGAUCAAUGCUGAUGUCAGCAUGAAGACCAUCCACAGUCACUACACGCUGAUUUCAUCAACUUUUGUGAUUUGUUUUAUUUUUUUUGGUUGAUUUGUAGUCCUCGUAGUAUCAAUCCAGCCAAUCAAUCUUUAUUUGUGUAGCGCCUUACCAGCAGUUUACGAAGCGCUUUACACAAUGCAGCAAAUCACACCAUCAGAAAAACGUGACUUGGACUUGAGUCAGAUUCAGAUCACACUUUUGACGACUUUGGACUCGAAUUGGAUUCGACGUCAACGACUUGGGAUUUAACUCUGACUUUAGUGUGAUGACUUGAAAACACUUGAGGUUUUCCGUGCAUGUGUCGAGUAAAAUGUGUCCCCUUUGGAAGUACUCAACCAAUGUGAUGGUUAUCAUGUCAUUUCCGGUUCCUCAUUGAAUGCAUCUACGUAGAAACGUCCAAUCAGGUUUAAGGACAAACAGCAAGGCUGUGGAUUACAUUUCUGUGCCCUGACUAAAUCCUGAAUGCUAUGUCAGUACUUUUUUUUGUGACGCUUGUCUUAUUUUAUUACAAAAAUAAAAAUUAAAUUAAAAAUGCUUGCAUUGUAUUUGUUGUUGCCCUGCGAUUGGCUGGUGACCAGUCCAGGGUGUACGCCACCUCUCGCCCGAAGGCCGCUGGGAUAGGCUCCAGCAUACCCCCGUGACUCUAAUGAGGAUAAGUGGUAUAGAAAAUGGAUGGAUGGAUGGAUUUGUGGUUAAAAUGGAAUUUUAUUUGGGAGACGCUAAAGCGUGCUUAUGACUUGAAAGGACUCGACUUGCAAAACAUUGACUUUCUCCCACCUCUUCAUCCCAGUCAAACUAUGAAAAAUGUGUUCUAAUUGAAAAAAGAAAGAAAGAAAUUUUUAAAAUGGCAUUUAAAAAAAUAGCGUAUACAAUGUAAUAAAUAAAGUAAUAUAAUAUUUUUUUCAUGAAAUGAAUGAGUAUUUUCAAUGUACAGUAUAUUGACCACUUACUUUCCUUGGAUUUCCUAAAACAGUGAAGUCUGAAUGUGCACAAUAUAUGAACCGCGCACGUGUAUACGCACAUCAUUAAGCGCGUGUUUCUUUACUCGAGCAAAGCUGCAGAGAUAAUCCACCAGAGACCUCAUCCCUCCUCUCUGACAUCCACUGAUCACCAAGUGUCCACAUUUCACACUCGCAAUACGUACACCAAAUACCUGCUUCUUUAUUUUUACAUUUGAAUUGACAUUUCUUCGCAAGAGCAGCAGACGUCAUGAGCCUGAAACAAGCCUGCAUCUUCCUCAGGGGGGCGACCAGGAGACAACGAUCUCUGACCCACGAUGAGGUGGAAGAGUUGCGCGAGGCUUUUGUGGAGUUUGAUAAGGACAAAGAUGGCUUCAUUUCCUGUAAAGACUUGGGCAACCUGAUGAGGACCAUGGGUUACAUGCCAACUGAAAUGGAACUGAUAGAACUGAGCCAAAACAUCAACAUGAAUCUGGGAGGACGGGUGGACUUUGAGGACUUUCUGGAACUGAUGACCCCCAAGCUCUUGGCUGAAACGGCUGGCAUGAUCGGCCUGAAAGAACUGAAGGACGCGUUCAGAGAGUUCGAUAUCGACGGGGACGGCUCCAUCACGUCCGACGAGCUGAAGCACGCCAUGAUGAAGUUGCUGGGCGAGCAAACCAGCAAGAAAGAGAUUGAAGCGGUGGUCAAAGAAGUCGACGGCAACGGGGACGGGACUGUUGACUUUGAGGAGUUUGUGAAGAUGAUGUCUCAGAAGUGAGGACAAGAAAGGACUGCGUGCAUUUCUUGCAACUUCACACUGAUGAUCUCCCUUGUGGGAUCACUCAUUUUUACUGCAGCAAUUCUUUUUGAUAAAAAAAAUAAUGUACAGUACACAAUGCUGUGCUAUUUCUAAAAAAGUUGACUUUGAUGCCACCUAGUUUGCCCUGAAUCCCUUCAGACCUGAGCUCGGUAGUCAUCAAGGUUUUUUUGGAUGAUGACUUUGAGAGACACAAUGACAUCAUCUGCUCCUCAGGUCUGACCUCAGAAAAGGAACACAUGAUGCUAACACCUCAUGUUAGCAUGUCUCUCACCAGAAACGCUUCAAGUAACAACAUUCCAUAGCAGGAUAGAUGGGGUACAAAUGUGAUAUGAAUGCCAUGCCUGCCAAAACCAAACCAUUUGAAAGCAAUGAGGCUACCAAACAAUGUACGGGAUAUGGUUAAUGUUUAAUAUUUGCAUUAUUUAUUGAUUCUUUUUGACGUCUGCGUUGACACUCGUGUCGUUGUUAACCUGCUUUUUGGGUGUAAGCACAUGCCGGUUGUUUCAGGUGUUGGGUAAAUGUCAACAGAGUGGCGUCCGAUAUGGAUCAAAAGAAACCAGCGGUGUGCAAAGUGCGGCCCACGGGCCAUUUGCAGCUCGCGGCUGUUUUUUUAUUGGCCCUAACAAGAAAAUUGUAAAAGAAAACAGCAGAAAAAAUGGAAAAAUCAGCAGUAAUUUUACAAAAAUAAAAUCUAAAUAUUAAGAGAAAAAAUUAUAUUCUAACAACAAAAAAUCUUGCUAUUUGAGGAGAAUAAAGUCAUAAUAUUAUAAGGCCAAAUAAUGUCAUUUAAGCAGCACAGAGUUGAAAUAGUCAAGAAAAAAUGUGGUCAAGGAAAAAGUUACAAUAUGGGAAUAAAGUCAUACUAUUAUGGUAAUAAAGUCAUAAUACUACAAGAAUACUUUACAAAAAGAAAGUUGAAGUAGUUGGCAAAUUAAAAGAACAACAACAACAACAACAGAAAUGGAAGAAACCGCUGUCAUUUUACCAGAAUAAAGUCAAAAUAUGAAGAGACAAAACGAGAAAAAAGGUCGCAAUUUUACGAGAAUGAACAUGUAAUAGAAUGCGGCAAAAUAACGUCAUUUUAGCGUCAUAGAGUUGAAAUGUUAAACAAAAAAUAUGUUUGUUUGUUGUAUAAGUGGUAACAUGAUGCAUUUGCAACAUUUGCAAAAGAAGCUUGGAGAAACACGUAUUAUAUUACGUGAAUUAAGUUCUAAUACUGUGGGGAUCAAGUCGGAAUAUUACAAGAAGAAAAUUUCCGAAGAUUAUUUAUGAAGAAAGUUUCAAUAUUUGGACAUUUUAAAAAAAAACAGCAAAAAUGGGAAAAAAGAACAAAGCGUGAAGUUGAUACUAAUAAUAGGCUUUUUCACCCGUAUCACCAAGCUGAGAUGCAGUUUUUUCCUGAAAUAUGGAUCGCUUGGUAGCAUCCAGUAUCCAUCCAUACAUCUUCUAUAGCGCUUCUCCUCUUUAGGGUCGCGAGGGCAUGCUGGAGCCGAUCCCAGCUGACUUCGGUACACCCUGGACUGAUCGGCAUACAGUAUCAACAUGCAAAAUAUCAAAGUGGCAAAGUUGCAUCCUUUCAUUUUUUCCUAUGUGGGGAAAAGGUUUGGACACCCCAGAAAAAGACGGUAAAAAGACAAAUCCGCACUAACUGCAGCCUUAAAGAAGCAGACAAUGGAAAUGAGCUAAAGUGACAACAAUCUCAGUUGACAUCCCAACAGACCAAGCAGAUCAAUCCGCAUUUCUCUCUCACGCCGUAGUUUAGCAUGUUUUAUUUGCCUGAUAUUAUUUCACAAUGACAGCUUGCCUGCCACGACCGAAUAAUAGAAUAAUAAUAUAUUUCAAUCUCAUUGUCCAUUGGCCUCUUUUGAUGCAAACAAUCCUGCUGUUUCAUCCUGUUAUGUAAUAAAAAGACAACAUUCACAACAACAGAAUGUCAUAAGUGCUUUUUCCUUUCAAAAGUGCACACUUUCACCUUUGUGUUAUUCUUAGUCUACCAUUGAAUUGACCAUCAAUUGUUUCAUUCCCAAGCAUAGAACAAAGCCUCACAUCA